CCAUCCCCCUUUUCUCGCUCUCCCUCACACACUCCCUCGUUCCUUUUAGCAGCAACAUACAGGCCGGCCAUAUUAGAGAGAUGGAAAUAAAGCUUCCUUAACGCUGUGUGUGUCAUUGCCGUACACCCGUGUAUCCUAUUUAUUUUUUUGGCCCCUAACAAUUCCUCCCGCGUAGCCCUCAGCCGCCCUCGCCCACACUCCAGGGCUCCCAGGCUCUGGAAAUGCACAGACAUGCCUGGCUCCCUCGCCCUGCCUUCGGCCUCACGGGGCUCGGUCUCUUUUUCUCUCUGGUGCCGCCAGGGCGCAGCAUGGAAGUCACGGUGCCCACCACCCUCAAUGUGCUCAAUGGCUCCGACGCCCGCCUGGCCUGCACCUUCAACUCCUGCUACACCGUGAACCACAAGCACUUCUCCCUGAACUGGACCUACCAGGAGUGCAGCAACUGCUCGGAGGAGAUGUUCCUCCAGUUCCGCAUGAAGAUCAUCAACCUGAAGCUGGAGCGGUUCCGGGACCGCGUGGAGUUCUCGGGGAACCCCAGCAAGUAUGACGUGUCCGUGACGCUGCGGAACGUGCAGCCGGAGGACGAGGGCCUCUACAGCUGCUACAUCCUGAACCCGCCCGACCGCCACCGUGGCCACGGCAGGAUCCAGCUGCGGGUCCUCAUGGAGGAGCCCCCUGAGCGGGACUCCACGGUGGCCGUGGUCGUGGGCGCCUCGGUCGGAGGCUUACUGGCCGUGGUCAUCUUGGUGCUGAUGGUUGUGAAGUGUGUGAGGAGGAAAAAGGAGCAGAAGCUGAGCACCGAUGACCUGAAGACGGAGGAGGAGGGCAAGACGGACGGCGAGGGCCACGCUGAGGACGGUGCCAAGUAGCGGCGGCCGGUGGCCCCGCGCCCAUCCCCGCCCCCGCUCCCCUGUACAGUGUGCCCCCCGCCUCGGUGUGCGCUUCUCUUGGGCCAGGUCCCAGGGCCGGCCUGCGCCUCCCAACCCCUCACUGUACCCCCCACUGCACCAGUCACCCCCCUCUCUCAUGGGAGAAGCCCACCGUGGAGAAUGGGAUGUGAGGGCCCUGGAGGAG